GGAAUAGAAUGCCUGGGUCAUCAUCAAACAAGAUGCUUCGAAUUUUCUUCUUUGUCCUUUUACUGGCGGCCCUGGUGACCCUAGCAUCGGCCUCGACCCCGACAUUCUGCAAAUGCACCUGCUUCAAAAACAGCACCGUCGUGCCUCUUGACAGCCAAGCGAAAUAUCCCUCCUCCUCCUCGUCAUCGUCAUCAUCACCACCAUCAUCCUUGCAUCGCCGCGACCUCUUCUCAGCGCCCAUCUUCGCCCCGCUCCCCAACUUCCCUUUCCAACCCGACGCAACUACGAACGAGAAGACGCGAACCAGGCGCUCCGAGGGACACCAGAUCGCCCGUCGCGGCCCCCCCGCGGACUGCACGAAAUGCACCAAAGCGUUCUGCCUUGCCCAGAAGCUUCCCAUCUGCACCGACGCCACCGAGGAGGACGUCCAGACGUCGUGUUUCCAGCGCGAUAGCAGGAAAGACCGCAUCAUUGUCUGGGGGUUCAUCGUCGUUACUGGCGGCCUGCUCGGUUGGGCUGCUGCCCGGAGGGUCUUCCAGUCGAGAGAGGCACCUCAUAUGGGCGUUUUUAGGUCCUUGCGGGGGUAUGCGCCUCUAGGGAGGGGGGGAGCGCAACCAGGCUGAUACGGUUCUUUCUAUGAUUUGGGACGGCGGCCGUCAUUGUUUUCUUGUCCCCAGAUAUGGAGUCGGGCUUGGGCUAUAUAUCCGGCGUUAUAGGGUUUUGAAUCGAGCUACUUCAUGAUGUUCGUGAUUAUUGUUAGUGACGAUGCUGGUUACGAGGUAGAUGUUGUCCAUAGGUGCGUGUAGGUGUGCCCUAUGGUUCCAUUAUGCAUUAUGUAUCCUUGACAUCACAUCAAGAGC